UAUAUAUAGUAAUCGCCGGGAGUUUCCGAGCCUCACCGGUGACUCGACUCGACAAUGAUUAACAUGAACGGCAUCUGCGCUCCAAAAAACACAAACACCGCGAAGCCCAGGCAGUUGAGAACAAAUAAACGAAAGAGGAUUUGUAGGGGCAAGCUGCCGACGCAUCGCCAAACGUGAUAAUCAGCAGGUGAGUUCUUCCUCCUCCGAACCAACUGGAAUGCCGUGAUGUGGGCUGGAGAGAGCACGAGUCUGUCUUUAAACGGUGGGACAAUGACCGCAGAGUCGAUGGUGUUUCCCUUGUACCCCCCGGGGACUCUGUGUGGGGCUGAGCUGGAGGCCUGGUACGAGGACCUGCAGGACAUCCUGUGCUCCGACACGGAGACCUUCCAGUGCAGCGCGCUGCCAGAAUGCACGCAGGAGGAGCCGGACAUCCUGGACGUCCUGGAAACCUGCUCCCUCUCCUGGCUGACCGGCGGUGGGGGAGAUGCUGGUACGGAGGUGGCAGAUUUAAGCGUGGAGGUCUCCAAACAGCAGAGCGCGCUGGACGAUCUCUUCCUGCCCGAGUUCUACGAGCUGCUGGGCGUGGAUGGGGAUGACCUCCAGCAACAAGAACCGGAGCCAGAGAGCAGCUUGACUAUGUCCUCCAGUGACGAAGAGCCCUGGGCUGCUGAAUCUGCCCCCAGCAGCCCUUUCAAGCCCAGCCACCGUCCGAGCUCCGGGAAUGAAUUGGUGAGCUCCGUCCCAAGCUGGGGGCAGAAACGCAAGAGGAGCGGAGCCCCGGCCAGGAACGAAGAGAGCAGCUGCAAGAAGAGCAGGAAGGACAAGGAUCUGGAGAACGAGAAGAAGGUAACAGAGCUGAGAGAGCAGAACGAGAGGCUGAAGAAGGAGAUCGAAAGGCUGAGCGAGGAGGUGCAGAGGACCCGGAGAGCGCUGAUCGACAAACUUGUGAACGUGAAAAAAUCCUGAAUUUUAAAAAAAAAUAAGUUAUAAAAGGUUUACUGAAACUUCUUUGGGAGGUUUGUAGUAGCCCCUUUGCUGGCAUUAUCAGCUACUGUUCUAGCAGUUGUCACUGUAAGGACAGUAGCCUGUUCAAUGCCUGCAACAGUCUGUCCGACUAUUUGAUUAGCUUGUGGGCAAUGCGAUCGGGGUGAUCACUGCAGGCAGAUUUCGGAUGUGACCAGAGAUCCAGCUGUUUUAUAUAGCAAUACAGAUCUAGAGAAAGGAUGGAAUGGCUCUCCUUUUUAAGGUAGCUCUUAAUAGGUCUGUGGUAACGGUUCAAAGAGCAGGCUUGUAAACGAGAUUGCAUUUUUGCCCAGAUCAUUUUUAAAUCCAGGAUUUUGAAUACAGUAAAAUUUCUUUUAACUUGUAUCCUAAAAUUUAUUUCAUUUAACAUAACCAGUGUAGUGUCAAAGGCUGGUUUCACAGACCCUGGUUAGCACCACUCAUGGACUGCCUGAUAUUUUAGGUCAAGCACUCUUGAGUUUCCAAAGCUUCAGUAAAGGAUGUGUUACUGUAUCAGUGUUUUACUCCUUUGUGCCCUGUUGAUCAGAGUGACAUUGACAGGUCCAAGCACAGCUCCACUCAAACACUUGACUGGUCUUGAGUAGGUUAUGAAGUGGAAGGUGAAAUGGAAUUUAAAAGGUAGAAGUAACUAGUAAAUCUCUCUCUAAUGGAAUUUAAUGUAAUUCUAGAUGUCUGGAUUGUGGUCUUGCAGUGCUCCCAAUCCUCCAGUAGGGGGUGUAAGUAAGCUACAAUUGUAGGCUUCCAUCACAUCAUUCUAAAUCAUGGUAUACCGUCCUGAAUAAUGGCUUUCAAUUGCAAGUCCUAAAAUAUGAAUCAUUUGUUAGUGGAUUUAAGUUUUAUAAUUGUUUCACAUAACUUUAAUUACAUGUAAUCUGGUGCAUGCAAAGUCUAAUGUACUGUACACACCUACUAUAUGUAAAGGAAUUUUUCUAUUCAAUCUAUAUGUAUGCAUGCAUAUUGUUAUAGUUUGGUAUAUACUGUAACAUGUUUUAUUUUAAUAAAAAUGUGUUGACAUUAAUCUACUGAAUAGUAAAAACUUGAUCUACAGGGGUUGAAGCCAAAAAUGCAGUAUUGCUAAAAGACAAUGGACUUUAUUUUAAAUGCGUUCUGCUGUACCUUUUCGUGAAAUGCAUUACAGAAAGCAAUGUGCAAUUCUGCAGAUGAACCUGCCAUCUACAGAAAAACUCAGCUGCUUUUAUGUGAGAGAACCUUGGAUUUAGUUUAAAUGGUUUACCGUUCAUAUUAAGCUAAACCAUGUACUACCCAACUAUUUGUAUAUGUAACUAUAGCCCAUUCCUUGUUAAGUCCUGUUAAUGUUCCAACCCCUCGUAUUGGUGAUAAAGUACUGCAAAGAAACAGUUUGUCAGUCUCUGAAAUGCACUUUUAUUGAUUGCAGUAAAAUAUCACAACUCUACAACCCUUCACACACACACACACAGAAAAAG